AGAGCAACUGCCAUUACCUGCUACGUUCUCACGUUCUUAUUCUGACCGACGAAUGGCGUUUGCAUACUUCGCAUGUCUAGGGCUGGUUUUGCUGAUCACGGCUACAACAAAUGUUAAAAGCUUUCUUUUGGACACCGUCCAAGUGGAACCAUGUCAGUACACCAGCAGCGACGUAACGUGCACGUCGCGUGGUCUUAAUCAGGUCCCUGUGUUCAAUGUAUCUGGUGGACCAUGCGGCUACUUGUUCAGAGUUGAUGUCAGCAACAAUGCAAUCACGCGUGUUAAUGAUGACGCAUUCGCUGCAUUCCAGAACUGCUCGAAUUUGAUAAUUUCACUGGCAGUCAAUAAUAUUUCCCACAUAAGCGAUUUUGCGUUUCGAGGAAUUGAAGGAAGUACGACGCAUCUUAACUUAUCGGAUAAUGAUUUCGACACAAUUCCAAAUGCAGUAGGUACACUGCUCAAGUUGAGUAAACUCGAAAUGUUAAAUAACCCAUUGGUAACAUUUGAUCCACAUGUACUUGCGAAUAUUGGACGCACCUUAAACACGUUAUAUAUAAGUAUGGGUUCCCUGCUGCACUGGCCGGCAGAAUUGUAUUUCCUGCGGGAGCUGAAGACUUUGUACAUUUCAAACAUGAACUUUGAGCACAUUAACACAGACGCCUUUCAAGGACUUUCCAAAGUUCAAUACCUCACUAUUGACCACAGCCAAUUACUUACAGUUUCCUCUGCGGUCUGCCAACUAACGAAUUUAUAUAUACUGGCAUUAAAAAAUAAUUAUAAUUUUCACAACAGCUUAAAUAAUGUUUUCGAUAGGUGUUCUACGAAAAAAUUGAACAUUGGGCAUCUAAUAUUUAUAAAUAAUAACGUGGAUUUCUUUCCAAACAUACAUGCGAUGAUUGAAUCGGUAUACGGUAUUCACAUGGAAAACAACAACAUGCAAUUUAUGGACAAAGAUACACUAUCGUACGACAAUAGAACUAAUGGAAUUUCACUCGCUUAUAAUACUUUCACCCGUGUUCCAACCGGUCUGUACCUUUUUGAAAAUUUACUCUACCUUACUUUGAGCUACAACAAAAUUACAUACGUACACGACACCGAUCUAGCAGGUUUGCGCAUGUUGCGCACGCUUUCACUUAAUGGAAAUCCAAUUCGGUUUAUAACUAAAAAUUCAUUCGCAGACAACACCAUUCUCGCAACUAUCGAUUUAUCCAACACUCUCCUUACACAAAUUCCGGAAGCUGUUACAUCGAUAUCGUCACUAAACUCGCUGGAUUUAUCAGAGUUAAAUAUUGGAUGCACGUGCAAAAUGAGUAACCUGAAAAGUUGGAACAUAACCAAUGUCCAUUUUGGUCAAGCUAAAUGCUACCAGACUGAUGAACUAAUUGAAGAUUUCCUUGAAAGCUACAUAGACACAGGACGAUGUACAAUCUAAAAAUAACUCAUGGUUGUGCUAAGCACGAACUGUAUUUGUUGAAUUAUUCGAUAUGCAAAACCGCUAAUAUGAUAUGCCUACAUUAGU